UUUCAUUUAACGGUUGCAAGCACAAACUCAUAGCAGGCAGGACUUUCAAUUAACCAAUGUUGGGGGGCCUUUUAGUUAAGUUACAAAAUAAUACUCUUUUCUAUCCAGUUCGCCCCCAAAAUCACUGCGACCUUUCGUCGAACACCCAACGGUCGGCACAACUCCAUGGCCGGCGGCAGCCCCUCUAACGAAGAUAUUCUCCAGCAACUCCGGCAAGGCAUCGCGAGGUUCGAGCUCACGUCAGCGCCGGUUGCUCCGAUUUUCGGCAACCUCCCUCGAACCCCGGCACAUAUUCUCCCCCCAGCGAGCACAAUGGCGCGAUUUUUCGCUUGGAUUGGACAGCCCGCAGACAUGGGCUCGCCUGCAAUGGAGAAAGUGGAGCGAUAUUCUGUUCGGAAGGUGACUGGCGACGGCCGUUGCCUGUUUCGUGCCCUGGUGAAAGGAAUGGCUCUCAACAAGGGCAUGGUGCUAGGGCCGAGGGAAGAGAGGGACAGUGCAGAUGAACUACGGAUGGCUGUAAAAGAAGUUAUUUGUGAGAAUGGAAACGAGCGUCUUCAAUACCAAGAGGCCUACUGCCAACGCAUUGGUAGGCCGGAUUUUUGGGGCGGUGAGGCUGAGCUUCUGCAUGGUGGAUUGGGGUCCGGUUUCAUACCUAUUCAAGAAUAUGGGUCUGAAUUUCGUAAAGCUUCUAAGAAUGAAAAGCCUCGAAGUGCCGUGCGAUUACUCUACACUGGAAGAAACCAUUACGACUUACUCGUCUGACGCCACAUUUGUCUGAUGAUGAUUAACAUAAUAUUCUUAGGUUUUAGUUUUUUGUUUCGUUUGGUUAACUUUUCGGCAUGUUCUUAUUCCAAGUUAUUUUAGGUUCAUGGAUUAUGGUGACAUCUGUUCAGAGAUACCUGUAUCCAAUUUGCCUUCAUUUGGCAGUUGAUAAUAUCAUCAUCACAGAUUCACAAUCACA